AUGUGUGAGAAUGAACAGCUGUGGAGCAUCUGCCGCUGCUGUGAUUGGCCGCCGCUGUCACGUGAGAGCUCGUUCAGUGCCGGAAGAGCUCGAGCUCUUCGGCUGCCUGCUGCCCUUGGGCUGCGCGCGCUGGCUCCCGAGCCGGACCCCGCAGCAGGUGAUGAGAUUCUGUAUGAGCAUGAGAAUGCGAUCCUGCACCAGGACAGUCCUGAGUCAGUGGAACCAAGUGACACAUUAUCAAGCAUAUCCCAAGGGAAUAUAUCUCAGAUUCCUGAGCAGGGCAAAGCUGAUGGUCAUCAUUGCAGGUCAGAAAGACUUCCAAGAGCUCUUCCAGGGAAGAGUCAAGGUAAAGAAAGUGCAUGCAAGGGAGAUUUUAGGCAGCUGCCAGAUAUUGUCCAGCACAGAAACUCCACAGUGGAAAGACCAACAAUAUGCAGUGACUGUGGGAAGAGCUUCAGGGUGAGCUCCAACCUCAUACAGCACCAGCGAAUCCACACAGGGGAGAAGCCCUUCGGCUGUGAUGAGUGCGGGGGGAGCUUCCGGCAGCGCUCGCACCUCAUCCAGCAUCAGACCAAGCACACAGGGGAAAGGCCUUAUGCAUGUGCCGACUGUGGGAAAAGCUUCACUGUGAGCUCGAACCUCAUUCGGCACCAGAUCAUCCACACUGGGGAGAAGCCCUAUAAAUGCAGUGACUGUGGGAAGAGCUUCAUAGGGAACUCACAGCUCAUUCAGCACCAGAGGAUCCAUACCGGAGAGAAGCCCUAUGAAUGCUGCGACUGUGGGAAGAGCUUCAGUGUGAGCUCUGCUUUGACACGACACCAGAGGAUCCACACAGGGGAGAAGCCUUAUGAAUGUUUAGACUGUGGGAAGAGCUUUAGUCAGAGCUCUGACCUCAUGAAGCAUCAGAGAGUCCACACAGGUGAGAAGCCCUAUGAGUGCGCCCAGUGUGGGAAGAGAUUCUGUGUGAGCUCUCAUCUCAUCCAGCACCAGAGGAUCCACACAGGGGAGAAGCCAUAUGAGUGCUCAGACUGUGGGAAGAGUUUCAGUCAGAGCUCGGACCUCAUGAAGCACCAAAGAGUCCACACAGGCGAGAAACCCUAUGAGUGCACCCAGUGUGGGAGGAGCUUCAGCUGGAGCUCAGCCCUGAUUAAGCAUCGAAGAAUCCACACAGGAGAGCGCCCCUAUGCCUGUGGUGCCUGUGGGAAGAGCUUCAGUCAGAGCUCACACCUUGUUCAGCAUCAGAGGAUCCAUAUUGGAGGGAAACACUAAGAAUGGGCCGAGUACAGGGAAAAGUUUUCCUUGCAGAGGAUCCUUGUAGCUAGACGCUGGCCAUGUUUCUCCCCAGGUAGCUGUAGGGACUACCUUGAUUGUAAAGAAUAAAGAGUUCUAGGAAAAACAGAACACAUUGAAUAGCAUGAAUAAAAAUGGUAGUGUAGAAAAAGGAGCCAUAUAAAUGCUAGGUAUAUGAGGAGCCUGUGGCUGGAGCCAGCAGCAGUACCAGGAGGUGCUUGAGGCCUGGGUCAUUUGGGGAGGGGAAGGAGAGAGAAUUUUGUGUAAGCAGUGUGGUGAAUCCUUUGGAGUAGAUUCAGAUAAUUUGCAAAGAAACUUUUACAGUCUAACGGGGUUUUUAUUGGGAUUGCAUGGGGUAGAAUGAGAAGAUCUGUUAAUGAUCAGAGGUGGGGGUGGAAAGCCUAGUGUCAGCUUCCUUAGUCUUGUCUCUGUGAUCUCAGGUGACUUGCUUCACCUGACAGUGCCUCAGGGUGACUGUAGACGUGCAAGAUGCCUGCUCCAACACACGGUAAUUGCAGCGUAUCAAAGUGGACUCUAUUAAUCGAGUUUGCUGGAGUGUACUGAUUAAUAUGCACCAGCAGCCUCAGUAUCUCAUGUUUUCAGUGUCCCCAUGCUUCAAAAUUGCAGGAGGGGCUCUUUAGCUAAAGGUUGUCGAAUGAGCUGUAGUUAAAGUGCCCCUUGAUGUUCAGGACGCUGAAUACACGAGACACUACAGGCACUUUAAAUAGAGCAGCUGCUGAGAGCCACUCUGAAGCGCCUGCCACCGCCACCCCCAGAACAUGUGUAGACACCCUCAGUUUUCCUGUUUGUAAAGCAAAAAUGGUCAUAAAUAUCCACUUUAUAAAAAAAUUAGACUUAUUUCAUUUCACUGUAACUGAAGCCUAGAAACAUCAAUGAAAAUUGGGGCCAUGUUAAGUUAGGUGUUGCAUGAAGAGGCCUCUGCCCAGGAUUCAUAGAGUUUAUUUUCCUUUUUCUGUAGACCCAUGGACCCUCUCUGGAUAUUUAGAUAUCAAGGAGCAUUGGCAUUUAAUUCUAGUUU